UACGCCGGCCGUUGCCACGGUUACAACCUAGAGAGGGCGCUGCGGAGGAGCGCCUCGCGGUGGAUGACGAAGGGCGGGGGCGUGCCCGCGGUGCGCGCUGCGCAAGGCUGCUUGUUGUUCCCGCAGAGAGGCAAGAAGAUGGCGGCCGUGUCUAGCGGAGGAGCAGCUGGGUCCGCCGCGGCCGUGAUCGCGCACCCGGUCCGACCGAACCACGCCGGCAUGGGCCCCCAGAACCGAGCCCAGCCGACUCCUGCGAUCAGCCACCCCGGUCGCGCCCCCCCAGCCAGCGGGUGCAUCACCAACCCCGGCCACACUUCGGUCACCAGGCCCCCCCCAGCCCGAGUGGGCUACUACGAAAUCGAGCGGACCAUCGGGAAGGGAAAUUUCGCGGUUGUUAAACUCGCCACGCACAUCAUCACCAAAGCAAAGGUGGCUAUAAAAAUAGUGGACAAGACCCAGUUAGACGAUGAGAACCUGAAGAAGAUCUUCAGAGAAGUGCAAAUCAUGAAGAUGCUGAAGCACCCCCACAUCAUCCGCCUCUACCAGGUGAUGGAAACAGAACGCAUGAUCUACCUAGUUACAGAAUUUGCAAGUGGUGGAGAGAUCUUCGACCAUCUUGUAGCUCAUGGGCGCAUGGCAGAAAAGGACGCCAGGAAGAAGUUCAAGCAAAUCGUGGCUGCGGUCCACUUCUGCCACUGCCGCAAUAUUGUCCACAGGGACUUAAAAGCGGAGAACCUGUUACUGGACCACAACCUCAACAUCAAAAUUGCAGAUUUUGGUUUCAGCAACCUCUUUUCUCGAGGCCAGUUGUUGAAGACGUGGUGUGGCAGCCCUCCGUAUGCUGCUCCAGAGCUCUUUGAAGGGAAGGAGUACGAUGGUCCCAAAGUCGAUAUAUGGAGUUUGGGUGUGGUGUUAUACGUGCUGGUGUGUGGCGCCUUACCCUUCGAUGGCAGCACUCUACAAAACUUGCGGGCGCGUGUUCUCAGUGGAAAGUUCCGCAUCCCUUUCUUCAUGUCCACAGACUGUGAGUACCUAAUAAGACACAUGCUAGUUCUGGAGCCCAGCAGACGUUUGAGUAUGGAACAGAUUUGUAAGAACAAGUGGAUGAGACAAGGAGAUCCAGACCCAGACUUUGAUCGGCUAAUAGCCGAGUGUGAGCAGGUGAAGACCGAGCGAGAGGUGGAGCUCAUCAACGAGCAGGUGCUGAUGGCCAUGUCAGAAAUGGGUUUGGAUAGAGAACGCACACUUCAGUCUCUACAAACAGAUGCAUACGAUCACUACAGUGCCAUUUACAGUCUGCUGGCUGAACGCCUCAAGAAACACAAGACCCUUCGAGUUGCCCCGCCCACACCACGACCUAUUAGCUAUCUUCCAAAUGCUGUACAGGCUGACCCUCAGAAUAAUCCUGUCAGCAUGACCGUUCCCCAAGUCCAGCUCAUUAACCCAGAGAACCAAAUUGUGGAGCCUGAUGGCAGCAUGGCUCUGGAUAGUGAUGAAGGAGAAGAACCGUCUCCUGAAGCCAUGGCUCGCUACCUUUCUAUGAGGCGGCACACUGUGGGGGUUCCAGACCAAAGGACAGAGAUGCAGGAGGACCAGAAGCUUCCGCCGGGUUUCCCUCGUGGCGCGUUGCCCCAGCCGCCUUUCCCCCAGCUUGCUCCCAACACGAGCCAAAUGCACACUCUCAUGCCUAUCCAAAGCCUCCAGCCGACUCAGCAGCUGGAGUACAAGGAGCAGUCGCUGCUGCAGCCUCCCACUCUGCAACUACUAAACGGCAUGGGGCCCCUGGGUCGACGAGCUUCCGACGGCGGGGCCAACAUUCAGCUACACGCCCAGCUCCUGAAGAGGCCUCGGGGGACCUCCCCGCUGGUUGCCAGCCCGCAUCCCAUCCCUGCAGUAGCUCCGGUGGAUGAGGAGGGUUCAGACGGAGAGCCAGACCAGGAGGCGGUGCAGAGGUACCUGGCGAACCGCUCCAAGCGGCACACGACGCACGUGCUCUCGAGCACACAGCAUGGCCAGCCCCCGACAGAGUCACAGAUUCCCCAGGGCCCCCGCCAGAGGGGGGGCUGGGCCCCCGACACACACAGCCGAUCCAGCUAUAAAGACUCUAACACCCUCCAUCUCCCCAUGGAGCGCUUCUCUCCCGUCAGACGGUUCUCUGACGGCGCCGCCACCAUCCAAGCCUUCAAGGCUCAUCUGGAGAACAGCAGCCUCAUUAAGCAGCUCAAACAGGAGUGUGAGCAGCUACAGAAAAUGUACGCAGCCCAGCAGGAUGAGCGCUUCCUGGAGCACACUCAGCAGCAACACAUCUUGUACCAGCAAGAGCAACAAAUCCUCCACCAGCAAAUCCAGGGCCUGUCUUUGGGCCAUGGAGAGAGCCAGCCCAGUCACUUAACCCACCAGCUCCAGAGGUUGCACAUCCAACCCUCUAGCCCUCCGCCAACACAUCCCAGCAACCACCUCUUCAGACAGCCCAAUCAGAGUUCUCCGCCGGGCUCUGCAGGCUUAAUGCAAGCGCACGGGGCUCAGUCAUCAGUGCAGUACCAGCAUGGUCCCUCAGCAAUGUACCAGGGACAGAGCGGCAGCCCGCCUUCCUCAGUCAUGCCUCGGGUGUCUCUAUCUGCCAAUCAACAAGCAGCUUCCGCGCGCCCCGCCGUCCCGUUAGCACAGGGUGUUCCCCAGCAACAGCAGGUCACUAUCCAGGUGCAGGAGGUGGAGCUCGGAGGCGGGGCUCAGAGACAAGGCAGCUUUUUGUCCACGCCGGGGGGACACCGAGUCCUCGGGAAGCAGCUCAGCGCAGACAACGCAGAAAUGCACAGCCGCAGCCUCGGCCGUUUCACAUCUGGCUAUGACCAGGUCCAGUUCAGCCCCCACCUUUUCUCUGGCGAUGCCGCCUCUCGGGGGGCCUCCUACAACCCCUACCUGCAGGGAGCCUCGCUCAAAGUCCCCGGCCUAGAAGGUUAUCAGAGUGGGGCGGUGGGGACCGGCAGUUACGGGGCCCCCUCCUCACUACAGCAGGCCCUGCUUUCCCCCACGCCUUUGGACUACUGCCCCCCACAGCAGCACGUGACCUCCACCCUGCAGGGCCUCUUGUCCCCGCGCCACUCUUUGACGGGCCACGCCGACCCCCGCCUGCCCCAGCAGGAUCUGGCUGCCCUGUUGAAACGACAGAGCCCCCGGCCCUGCUCCGCCUCCUCCACCCCUCCUAGCGGUGCCCCCCAGGAGCUCGGGGACAUGCUCCUCCUCCGCCAGAUGAGCCAAGGGGACGGCUUGGAGCCACCGCCUCAGGGGGGCUCCGGAGGGCAACACUACCACCACCUCCUUCAGAUCCGGCCCCCGGAGGUUCCGCCGCAGCAGCACCCCCCGCCGCAGGCGCCCUGCCUCGGCUUACCGCACUCGGAGAGCAUGGAGGAGGACGAGGCGCCAAGCGGGUACCAUCACCAACACGAAGGGCUGCUGGCUAAAGCCGGGGAGGCCCACGAGCUCCUGGGACCUCCUCGAGGAGGUACCCCACCAUACCAGUCCCCCACCCACAGGCACGGAGCCUACAUGAGGAACGCUCCAGCUGCAAGAGAACCUGAGCAUGUAGAGUGUCGGCCGCCAGCACAGGCCAUGGAAGUGCCUGACCACAACGGCGUGGGCUAUCCCCGAGGGCCCCAGGGCGACGCCUACAGGUCCAGAGGACAGCUGCAGCGCCACCACACCAUCCAGACCUGCGACGACGCCUAUGAUCAGGUGGAGCCCAUGUCUGGCAUGAGCCUCCUGGCUGGAAAGGCUCUGAGCUCCGCUCGCAUGUCCGACAUCCUCAGCCAGACGUCACUGACAGGAAGCCAGCAGCUGCACCAGCGGGAGGAGUCAGUGUGUGAUGUCGAAGGAGAGCUGCACCCGACGGCCUGCUACCCGUCCUCCUGCACCAGUGACAUGCUCCUGAGCUACAAGCCCCCCGACCUGCAGUACAGCAUGGAGCAGGCUGGAGUCUAGCACAGGGGGGGCCGUAUCCUGUGCGUGGGUCCAUAUCAGCCACCCUGAGUUGUGUUGACUUGAGUUGAGCAGCAUCACGCCAAAUCACCGUUGUCUGCCCACGCCGCGCCGCGCGGGGCUUUCUGUGUCCAUCUGUUGAUCUCCAUCUGCCACUGUAGGGUCAUUCUGAGUGAGAGCGAGGGCGGUGUGGGGCGCUGGAUACAUUCGAAGGGGGGUUUUGUCUGGGUGGGGUCACAGGUGAGGCCUGGGGGGUUGAAAGGUCAAAGUGCCAGCAUUUUCUGCACAUACUCAUCUAGCUGCAGGUUCUUUUGAGGUCAAUGAGGUCAUCUUCCCCUCCCACGCCCCCCCUCACCCUCCCCAUGUUCUGACGUGCCUCAGACCAGUCGUCAAGAGAGCCUCGCUCUGCCGCCACGAACCCAAAGUAUUUCCAUGAGGGCGUGGAUAAACAAGGAAGGGGGGCGGCCCGGGUGUCCCGAGCGUCUCUGUCCCAAAACAGAGCCCUGUUUUCAAAUUUGAUUUUGUUUGCGUUCAGUUCCAAACCACGCCUCCUCCUGUCCGCAUGGAUGUUGUUACGUUCCUCCAGGUUUCCAGGAAAACCUUCAGCAACUCUGCACUUUCCGUUCCAGCGCUCGUCCCGCCGGCUUCCACUGCUCUCCUUCACCCCCCGCUUCUUCCAUCCCUCCGUGUGACAGUGUAAUGCAUUGUGGGUAGUUUUACCAGACAUUUCUUCCUUUCCUUGUACAGUAACGCCAUGUAUAGAACGCUAUUACAGUUUCUGUAUUUUUAUUUUGGGUCAGUUAUUGUUUUUAGAUGUUUUUUAAUUGAUAUUGUUUGUAUUUUUGAAUGUCUUUUUUUUUUUUUUUUUUUUUUGAAUCUAGCCAAAAGAGGGCGAAGGGAAGAGCGGCGUCACUCUCCCUCCGUCGUAAAAACGAUUGUUCUUACUUUAAUAUUAUUAUUAUUAUUAUAUUGAGACACUUGAAUAAGAGGAAAGUAAUUAUUUUGUGUUGCUUUUUAAGGUUUCAUUUCAUUGGAUGUUGUGACUGUCAUUCUUGUUGAUGUGGAGCCUGUUUUCUGUUGAGGGUCGUCGUGGCUACACAGGGUCAGGCUUGGGGUUAGUUAGGGUGCUACAGAGACUUUCAAAUAAAAAAAGACCAACAAAACAAGGGAAUAAAUUGUAUAAUAGCUUACAUAUCAUCCUCAACAUGGAGACGGACGCGUCUUCUUCUGCCGCAUCAGCUUCAGACCAGUUGGCACCUUACGGACACGCCCCCUUCUCCAAAGCCAAAUUUGCUGCCGUUUUUGUCUUUAUUUACCCUCAUGUUUGCCUGUUUUCGUUCAUUGGAGCAAACGUGUGAGUCGGACUCUUCAAAAGGGAACACGAGGAGGUUGGAAAAGCAGAGGAUGAGCCGGGAGGAGGACCACGGCGUUUUUAUUCCUGAAGCUCCGCCUCUUCCGGGAUGUGGAUUUGAUAUUUUGACGGCUCCACCUCACGUUGAGACGCUGUCCCGCUUCCUCUCUGCUCGGACUCGCGCAGACGCCUCUCCUCCUUCAGAUCCUUCUCUUGUUUUCGCUCAUUGUUUACACAAAGCUGAAUGAUCUGGAGGGGGCGGGGUCUGUCGUCCCGUAACGUCAGCAGCUCUGCAUGGGGGGGGACAGACGAAGGGACUGCACAAAGCAGAAGAAAUGGAGCCAGGUGUUGUAAUUAAUAAAAUUUUAUUGAUCCCCCUUUUUUCUGCUCCUCCAUCCCCGACAUCUGUCUUUCCCUCCAUCACAGCCAGCCAGCGCUCUGCUUCAACUUUGUUACAUAGGUUUAUUUCCUUUAUCAAAUGUUGUUUUUUUAUUUUAACUUUUUUUUGUUGUUUUCAUGUUAUUUUUUUGUUGAGUACAAAAAUACUAAAGUGCAACAACAAUGAUUAAAAAAUAGCAACCAAACUGAGAUGAAUAAAUAAAUAUAUAUAAAUAAAGAAAUAAUUUAAAAGGA